AUGAACGGACACUGGCCACUGGGGCUUCUCUUUUUCGGCUGCUUCCUAUUAAGCGAUGACCGUGUGAUAGGCGUAUAUGCAGACGGUAAUCCAGAUGGACUUUGCGGAAUGAGUAACCCAAGAGGCCUGGGUGAAAAUAAAUUUAAUGGUGCGCUGCCUGAAAAAGGGCAGUACCCCUGGAUAACGGCCUUGCUCGAAAAUGGCAAAUACCUCGGCGGCGGUUCUCUGAUUGCCCCAGGUCUGGUCCUGACCGCCGGUCACCUCAUGUUUAACAAGUUGAAGACAGAUAUCGUGGUCAGGGCCGGCACCUGUUAUUCUGAAUUAGUGACGAUUAGAGACAAUCCCCCGCCUGAAAGUCGCCAGGUGUUCAGGAUCAUGGUGCACGAGACAAGUGACCUGGCGCUUAUCUUCUUAAGCUCGCCGUUCGUACUGAAGCCCCACAUCCAGACCAUAUGCUUGCCCAGACCAAGAAAGUCGUUCCGCUACGGAGACUGCAAGGUUGCCGGAUGGGGAAAGAAAUCGUACCGCCGUUCUGACUACUUAAACUACCUUAAGGUAGUUGACCUGGUCAUGGUGAACAGAGAUAUAUGCGAAAAUAAGCUGCGUCACAAGUUAAGGCCGAGCUUUAUACUGCCCAACAGCCUGAUGUGCGCCGAAAGUGUGACGGGCUGGGGUAUUACCCACGGCGAUGAAGGAGCUCCCCUGUUCUGUGCUCUCGAAAGGGACCCACAGCGCUACGAACAGGUGGGCAUUGUCAGCUGGAGUGUCGAUCGAGAUGUUCCGUCAACCUUCACCAAUUUGGCCAUGUUCAGGGACUGGAUUGAUCCCCAUAUGGCGCAAGUAGUUAGCGUACCUGGAAAUUUUUAG